GGCUCAAUAUUAACGAUACUAAAAUCCCAUGAUGUCUUUCAAGUGAGGUUCAAGAAGAGUUUCCGGUGUAAAAUACGGGGAGAGUGAUAUUAUUUAACGGAUAUGACUCGAAUUUAGUUGUGAAGCAUUAUUUAAAUGUCCAGGGAAGGUUACGGAGAGUCUUUAUCUUUGGAAGACGACGAAAAGGAUUCCAAGGUUAUAACAAAGGAAGAUGUUCGGCUUUCAAGACUUAUAAAGCCAUCGCCACUACAGAAAAGGCUUGAAGAACAGCUUCAAAAGUCGCGUAAGGCACUUAAUGGUUCAAAUGGGACACUCCUAAAAAAUGGGAAAUCCUCAGUAAAAAAUGGUUCUUUAAAGAAUAAUAUGAACUCUGAUGAAAGACCAUUAUUUCAAGCAGAAUCUGACAGUGAUGAAGAAGUAACUGUGACUCAUUAUAGUAAGGCACCAAAUGUAUCUGUAACCCAAAACUCUAAGAAUCUUUCUGAUUGUACCCAACAACUACUAAAGGAUGGUUACAGACUUGAUGAAAUAUCAGAUGAAGAGGACUUAGAUCUUAUACCACCACGGUCAGUUGAUGACAGAUGUCAGUGUUGUGGAGCAGUCACAUGGCAGGGAUGCAUAAUUUCUUGAUUACUAAUAUCUUUCAGUGGACCAAAUUGUUUGAAAACAUGUAAAAAAUUCAGAUGUUAAAUGAAAAGUUUGAAACAAUGUUCUUGGAAUUUACAUGUAGUGAGUCACUGCUUAUCUUCAUGUAACUUCGUCCAAGAGAUCUAUACAAAACCAUUCUUUCUUAUAGAUCCUUAUUUAAUGCAAGUCUUUGUUUUUGUCAUUCUGUCCUAUCAUACUUAUCAAUAAAAUGCAAAACCCCAAGUUAACACUGACGUGGAACAGCUCAUCUCAAUGCGAAUGGUCAACACUAAUUGUCCUGUUCUCCUUUUCAGAACUUGUCUAGACAUUCAUUUUCCCAAGUGAUUUGCGGGGGUUUCAUUAAGGGGGGGGCACUGGGCAAAUUGACUGGUUGUGAGGACGGUUUUGCCCACCUGGUUUGACAAUCUAGAGGAAAGUUUAUCAUGUAAAGAAGUUUACUUCAAAGAGUUUUGCCUGCCUGUAAAAACCAGUUGCCCUCCUGCUGAAACAUUAAUGAAAUCCCUGGAUUUGUCAAAAUUGAAUUGUCUCAAUCUGAAUUUGGAAAUGAAAGUUAAAUAGUGUUAGUAAGAUAUCAAGUAAUAAUCUAUAACACUAUUAUGGGACACUUGGAACUGUGAUACAGUUUUGUUUCCCCAUAUUUUUUUUACACCAUUCAGUGUUAAUUAAGGAUCAUACAGUAAUAGUUUUCUUGUAUUUUACUGCCCCUGUUUACUUGCAUUUGCUGUCAAGGAUAUGAAGAAUUUUAUUUGUAAGGAAAUAAUCAUACUUUAAACUGGAUAAACACCUAUUUAUUGGUAUGUGGAAUAAGGAGUUUUAAAUUAAUGGAAUUCAUUAUCCUUGGUGCAAAGCAAGAAUAAUUAAUAGGCAUGGUUUAAUCAUGUACCUUCAUAACAUUUUACUCAUCAAUUAACUCAUCAAUUACUUACUACUUCCCAGGAGCAUAUAUUUAAGUUAUUUAAUUAAAAGAUUCAGAUCAUAAAAAAUAUGAAAAGAGAACAACCAUCCAGCUUUAAAUGCAUUUUAUUACUGACAAUGACAAAUAAGAAAUCCUAGUUAGAGUUCUAGUUUAGGAAACAUUUUUUCAAAUAAAGGUAACAUUCCACACGUGA